CCGAGGAGCCGCCAUUGAAAUGAAUGGAUGCUAACUGUUAGCUCUCUUUAAGAAAUGUAGUCUCCCAUAAGAACUCCUUGAAAACGUAUGCAAUAGACUGGCAUGUCUUAAGGUCAAUAUUAGGUCAAAAAUGGCAAAAAAGAAACAUCUUUCUCUAGAAACUCAUCAGUCAAUCAUUGUUUUGAGGAAUGAAGGCUAUACAAUGCUUGGAAUUGCCAAAAAAAAAAAAAACAAAAAAAAAAAAACUGAAGGUUUCAUACAAGGUGUACACUACAAUCUUCAAAGACAAAAGAUAACUGGCUGUAACAAAGACAGAAAGAGAUGUGGAAGGCCAGAUGUACAACUAAACAAGAGGAUAAGUACAUCAGAGACUAUAGUUUGAGAAAUAGACACCUCACAUGUCCUCAGCUGACAGCUUCAUUGAAUUCUACCCACUCAACACCAGUUUCAUGUACAACAGUAAAGAGAAGACUCAGGGGUGCAGGCCUUAUGGGAAGAAUUGCAAAGAAAAAGACACUUUUGAAGCAGAAACACAAAAAGAAAAGUUACACCACAUGAAAUUUUUUACUUUAAACUCCAUAAUCAAAAAUCUGUUCAUCAUAGAAGAGGUGUAUUCAAGUACUCAACAAAUUUGCUAUGUGCAGUCUGCCCGAAAUGUGUUUGUGUUUCCAGGUAAAGAUGCAGUUUGUUGAUGAGGAGAGUAAUAACAUUAAUGAUUCAGAAGCAUGCAGUGUGAAAAAUGAAGAACAAAGAGACCUGGUGGAAGUGAAAGAGGAAAUUCAAGAACAAAAUGAAGCGGAGAAGGGCCAUGAGUAUCAGAAACCUCAUCAUAUCACAAGUGGAGAGAAAUCUUUCAGUUGCUCACGGACUGCAAAGAAAAAGAGAAAGGCCAAGGGAUCUUUCACCUGUCCUCAGUGUGGAAAGAUUUUCACACUAAAAGUAAACCUUAAUAGCCACCUAAAAAUUCACUCCGGUGAGCGCGAUUUCACCUGUCUUCAGUGUGGCAAGAGUUUCUUUAAAAAAGCAGACCUGAAGAGGCAUCAACAAAGUCACACAGGCGAGAAGCCUUUCACAUGCCCUCACUGUGGGAACUGCUUCACACGCAAAGAGAGCCUCGAGCAUCACAUAAAAAUUCACACCGGGGAGAAGCCUUACACCUGCCUCAUAUGUGAAAGGAGUUUCCUUCGUAAAGGACACUUUAAGAAUCACAUGAAAAUUCAUUCUGGUGAGAGGCCUUACACAUGCCCACAUUGUGACAAGAGUUUCACCCAGGCAUCCGUUCUCAAAAACCAUCUGCACUCUCACUCUGGAGAAAGGCCAUUUAACUGUGAUCAGUGCGGUAAAAAUUUUAUUUCAGCAAAACACCUAAAACUACACCAGAAAAUUCAUGAGAAGCCUUACUUGUGCUCUUUUUGUGGAAAGACGUUUUCACAACUGGGUUAUAUGAAAGAGCACCAGAAAGUUCAUACUGGUGAGAAAGCACAUAUGUGCUCUGUGUGUGGCAAUUCCUUUUCUAGAGCCAAAUACUUGAAAGAACACAAAAAAAUCCACACUGGAGAAAAACCUUACAAUUGUUCCUACUGUGACAAGAGUUUCGCUCAGUCAGGAAACCUGAAAGCACAUGAGCGAUUGCAUACUGGAGAGAAGCCGUAUCAAUGCCCACUAUGUCAGAGGGGUUUCACCACAUCAAGUACUCUAAUGUAUCAUAGAAAAAAAUGUCGCCAAAAGUUAUAGUAAACAAACAUUAUCUUCUUAACCGAACGUUUUAAAGCAAAUUGUGCAGAAUUGAGAAGGUAAUUCACUAACAUGCUUGUACGUAUAUUGGGAAGUAGCAGUAGUACUACAUUUUAAGGAGUAGUUCACCAGAAAAUGAAAAUUCUCUCAUCAUUUACUCACCCUCAUGCCAUCCCAGAUGUGUAUGACUUUCUUUCUUCUGUGGAACACCAAUGAAGAUUUUUAGAAGAAUAUUCAGCUCUGUAGGUCCAUAAUUUGAAGUUCAAAAAAGCACAUGAAGGCAGUGUAAAAGAAAUCCAUAAAACUCCAGUGGUUAAAUCUGUGUCUUCAGAAACGAUAUAAGUGUUAGUAAGGAACAGAUCAAUAUGUAAGUCCUUUUUAACUAUAUGUAAAUUGUCCUCCCUGCCCAAUAGGUGAUGAUAUGCACGAAGAAUUCGAAUUGCCAAAAAACAAAAGUCGUCAUCUUAGGAGAGAAGAGUGCUUAGGAGGGCUGUUUGAAAGUUGAUAUUUAUAGUAAAAAAGGACUUGAAUAUCGAUCUGUUUCUCACCCACACCUAUCAUAUCUCUUCUGAAGAAAUGGAUUUAACCACUGGAGUGUUAUGGAUUACUUUUAUGCUGCCUUUUUGUGCUUUUUGGAGCUUAAAAUUUCUGGCCACCAUUCACUUUCUUUUAUUAACCGUAACUGUUGAAAGGUCAUGCAUUGAGAACUGAAAAUGCUUGCAUAAGAGACUAAAAAAAGUUUUAUGAUGAUGGAAGCUUAAGUCAAAGACAGUUUGCAUGAAAAUACAUGUAAUGAAAUAAUGACAUUUUGGUCAUUCCUGUAUUCAUACAGUGUACAUUACUUUUUAAAAAUCAUUGAACAAUUUAGGUCACUGUGGAGUCACUGCUGUGUAAUAUAUAGUGUUCUCAUUGUACAUUAUGAAAUGAAAUUUCCAUAAAUGGUUACAAAAUUGUAUAUUUAUUGGCCUUUUAUAGCCAAGUGCAAACUACAAGACUUUGUGAGGUUUGUUGAUUGUAACCCUUUUUAAGGUUAAGACAUGAAUUGUAAGUUUGCAAUAUAUGUAGGAACUCAUGACCACUCACAUUAAAAUAAAGACUCCAGUCAUAUCAGUAACCUUAGAAAAGCUGUUUUAUUCUACAUGAAGAGGGUCCACAUAUGGGGGCUGCUAUGUUAUAAUCACAUGACCAGCCAAAUACUGCUCACUUAAUCUCAGUAACCAUCCUGUUAUUUGACACUUUCACUCAUUGAUUAAAGUAAUCAUGGCUGACUGUGAAUACUACAUUUCUACAAUGGCAUCUGAAACUGAAUACUAAUGAUUUUAAAUGAUGCUGCUUCCAAGCCGCUAGGUGUCAGUGUAAGUCCAAGAUGACACAAAGAUAAAAGUUACUGAGUGCGCCUUUAAUUUUACAAGUAAAUGUAUGAAUGAAAUGGUGACAAAUUAUUAUUUUAUUUAUUUAUUUUUUGUAUUGCUUUGCUUAUUGAUAAUAAUUAUUUGUAAAUAACCAAAACUGUCACAGUGAGUUGAAUACAGAUAGGGGUUAUCAGUUCAACAUUAG